CCCGAUACAUAGACUACCGAGUGCACGCUACCCCAUUCAAUCAUUCGAAUUACGACGCGGUUGGUAGUCGGAGAUACUUUUUCCCCCAUCGGUGUGUACUCUUUUUUUACUGUGCGAAAUUUCGACGUGUGUCGUUUUUAGUUAGGACCCGUAGAAGUCCCGGUGUGUGAACAGCAAUAUCUGAAUUAGAAGAGAAAAUAAGUGCGUGAGUGAGUGCUCCAAUUCCAAAGAAACAUCCAGAAAAACCACACCAAGAUGCCUUUCAAGCCAGCUGAGAACCCAAAGUGCCCCAAGUGCGGCAAGUCGGUGUACGCCGCCGAGGAACGAGUUGCCGGUGGACACAAAUGGCACAAAGGAUGCUUCAAAUGCGGAAUGUGCGGCAAGAUGCUGGACUCGACAAACUGCGCAGAGCACGAGAAUGAGCUGUACUGCAAAAAUUGCCACGGACGCAAGUACGGACCAAAGGGAUACGGUUUCGGCGGUGGUGCCGGCUGUCUAUCGAUGGACACCGGUGCCCAAUUCCAGGGCGAAGGAACUAACGGGCACAUUGCCGAGCCGAAACCAGUGGCGAAAGCACCCGAAGGAGAAGGUUGCCCUCGGUGUGGUGGAUAUGUUUACAUGGCCGAGCAAAUGUUGGCACGUGGACGAGCCUACCACAAGGGAUGCUUCAAGUGCGGCGACUGCAAGAAGAAUCUGGACUCGGUGAACUGCUGCGAGGGACCGGAUCGGGAAAUCUAUUGCCGAGUGUGCUACGGCAAGAAGUUCGGCCCCAAGGGCUACGGCUACGGUCAAGGAGGUGGAGCCCUGCAGACCGACAGCUCCGAUCUGUCUGGUGACUACACACCUAAGCCAUCAUCCGUCGAUACGACUGUUAUCAAGGCCUCACCCGGACAGGGCUGUCCACGUUGCGGCGGUGUAGUCUUCGCUGCCGAAAUGGUGCUGUCCAAGGGACGCGAAUGGCAUCGCAAGUGUUACAAGUGCCGUGACUGUACCAAGACACUGGACUCGAUCAUCGCCUGUGACGGCCCGGAUCAUGAUGUGUACUGCAAGACCUGCUACGGCAAGAAAUGGGGACCACAUGGCUACGGAUUCGCCUGCGGAUCCGGAUUCUUACAGACCGAUUGCAUGACAGAGGAGCAAAUGGCCUCUCAGAAGCCAUCGGUUCCCAUCGAUACGACGAGCAUCAAGGCUCCGGCCGGUCAAGGUUGCCCGCGUUGCGGAGGAAUGGUGUUCGCGGCUGAACAACAGCUUGCCAAGGGUACCAUGUGGCACAAGAAGUGCUUCAACUGUAACGAGUGCCACCGACCACUGGAUUCGAUGCUGGCCUGUGAUGGACCAGACAAGGAAAUCCACUGCCGAGCAUGCUACGGAAAGCUCUUCGGACCUAAGGGAUUCGGAUUUGGACACACUCCCACUCUGGUGUCCACCGAAGUGCAAGGCACUCCGUUCCAUACCGAGUUCAACCCGAUGAAUGGACCAAAGGCCAAGGACGGCAAGGGAUGUCGCCGUUGCGGAUGCACCGUGUACGAAGCCGAGAAAAUGCUCAGCAAGAACCUGGUAUGGCACAAGCGGUGUUUCAGCUGUUUCGACUGCCACAAAUCGCUGGACUCGACCAACCUCAACGACGGACCCAACGGAGAGAUCUACUGCAAAGGCUGCUACGGUCGAAACUUUGGUCCACGCGGCGUCGGAUAUGGCAUCGGCGCCGGCGCGCUAACGAUGGUCUAAAUCCUUCGUCCCCAUCAGAGAUAGAUUCGUUGAUUUUCUUUUUUAUAUUAUUACUAUUUUUAUUUAUGAAACUAAAUGUGUAUUCUCGAGCUUCUCCAUUUUGGAAGCUUCCAGACUUGAUCGCUGAUAUUCCCUUUAAACUCCCUUUUUUGAAGUGUAUAGAGAGCUCUGACAAACCAACCAAUGCGUAAGAUUUAGGAAACAACUUUGCUGCUCGCCCAAAAACAUAAGCCUUUAUGAAACUAACCUCCCUUCGAUCCACAAGCCACCUUUUACAACACAAAAACAAACAAAAAAUGAGCAGUUCAAAGCGUCCAGACUUAGCGAUUACAAUUGCGAACGACCAGGACACGAACCUGCGAUCACCGUGAAAAAAGCAAUUCAAACUAUCAAACGAAUACCAUCCUCCUCCCAUCCUCCUUCCCCCUUUCCUGUAAAAAUCCAUCAAUUUUCAUACAAACUCGACACACAAUAUUUAACCAUUUGCGCUGAUGUAGAAUUCACUUUACCCCUUGUCCAAAAUCCCGACUUAAAACCCUACACUUUAGGCGAGUAACAGUAUAACAAGUGCGCUUUGUGAGAGAUGAAUGGAAAGAAGCAACCCGCCCCGCGCUUUCGGUGAAUUUUUCUAAUCAAACUUUGAACAAAAUAACCACACAAACACAUUAAACUUCAAACCGUAGCUAGAUAGGUUGAAUGAAUUGAAAUGAAAGAAUAACGAUCGAAUAUAUUGUUAGUGUAAGACACCCCCCUAAGCCAAAGAUGGAAGAAAGUGCUUAUCCCCUUCCUACCCUAGGCGGAUAUCGUCCGUAAAGUAGUAUGCGUCCCUUUUCCAUUUUCUUCCGCCGAUUGCAAAGAAAAAACAAGUGAAAACAAAGAUCUUUUUAUAUCACAUUUUUGAUUAUCAUCAUUACUGUAAUAGUCUGUCGGUUUUUUAUUUAACUAUUUGCUAAUUAAUAAUAAAAACCCAUAUACAACGCGCUAGGUUAGGUAUUACUUACGUAACGAUGAUUCUUGUGGAGAAUGGAAACACAAGCAUGCAAUCACACACACAAAAAAAAACUAUUUAUUCAAUAAAGAGAAACUGCUAAAAA